CGGUGCGCUGUGUCCCUCGGACACAGUGGAUCACCAAUCCAUGAAAAGAGCCGAAGAUGUCGGCUCGGUCAUGUGAUCAGCUGUGUCCAAUCACAGCUUAUCACUGAUGAUCAGUGUGGCCCCAGGAGUGCCACCUGUCAGUGUCCAUCAGUGCCAGCUGUCAGUGCUGAAAAGUUCCACAUGCCAGUGCCCAUCAGUGCCUACCAGUACACAUCAAUGCGACAUAUCAGUGCCCAUCAGAGCUGCCUUUCAGUGUCACCCAUCAGUGCCACCUAUGAGUGCCGCCAAUCAGUGCCGCCUAUCAGUGCCAUAUAUCAGUGCUGCCUUUCAGUGCCCAUCAAUGAUGCCUGUCUAGCCCAUCAGUGCCGCCUACCAGUGCCUCCUCAUCAAUGCCACCUAUCAGUGUCCAUCAGUGCAGCUUAUCAGUGCCCAUCAUUGCAGCCUCAUUAGCCACACAUCAGUG